UCCUCCUCAUCCUCUCCUCACGAGCGCUGUCCGCGGUGCUGAUGUCGUUGUGACGUCGGCGAUCACACACACUGCAAUUAAAGUGGUGUCGUAUCAAGUGAGUCACGGAGUUAUAGAGGCGUUUGUGUAGCCCCUCGUGACGAUCAUUGAUAUUGUUGGUCGUCUCCUUGAGCAAAACGGGACAAAGAGGGUGAGAGAGAGACAGGGGCACAGAUUGAGAGAGAGGGGGACAGAGUGAGAGAGAGAGAGUGAGAGAGAGCGUGGGAAGGAUAGACAUUGUCGAGAUAUAGACGGACUUCUUUAGCUUACUUCAUCGGCUGAAGACUCGGAAAGACAGGAUGGAGAGGAUGGAAUCCAUGGAGCCCAUCUCGGCGCUCUACACGACGGAUUACCCCGAGAUCCACCCGGAGGAGAGCUGUCGCUCCGCCGGCAGCCCGCUGGGCUCUCCGUCCGCGCCGUCCUACAACGAGGAUCUGAUGCACAAGGUGGGCUUAGUUGGGGACAGUGGCGUGGGGAAGACGUCCCUGCUGGCGUUCGAUCAGGGGAAGUUCAUCCCUGGGUCCUUCUCCGCCACCGUGGGCAUCGGCUUCACGAAUAAAGAGGUGACUGUAGACAACGUGAAGGUGAAACUACAGAUCUGGGACACUGCAGGACAGGAGCGGUUCCGGAGUGUAACUCACGCGUACUACCGUGACGCCCAGGCCCUCCUCCUACUCUAUGACAUCACCAGCAAGACAUCCUUCGACAACAUCAGGGCCUGGUUAACAGAGAUCCAUGAGUAUGCACAGAGGGACAUAGUCAUCAUGUUGCUGGGCAACAAGGCUGACAUGGCCGGUGAAAGGGCGAUCAGGAGGGUGGAGGGAGAAAACCUUGCCAGGGAGUACUGUGUUCCCUUCAUGGAGACUAGUGCAAAGACCGGAGUGAAUGUGGAGAUGGCUUUCAUUUCAGUGGCCAAGGAACUGAAACGCAGAUCGGUACGGCGCCCGGACGAGCUAACCUUCCAGAUCCACCAGUACGUCGAGGCAGAGGAGCCGAAGCUUACCUGCUGCAGCUACUUCUAGCUUCUAAACCGAUAUAGGACACCAGACCCCCCUUCAGAUACUUCAAGCUGCUAAACAGUUAGGCACCAGGACCCCUUCAGAUACUUCUAGCUGCUAAACAGUUAGGCACCAGGACCCCCUUCAGAUACUUCUAGCUGCUAAACCUCUAGGCCCCGGCCCCCCUCAGAUACUUCUAGCUGCUAAACCGUUAGGCACCAGACCCUCCUUCAGAUACUUCUAAAGCUAAACCUCCAGGCUCCAUCUCACCCACUUUGAACAACUAAACCUAUAGGCUCGACCUUUCUCUCAUCUGCUUUAACAGCUAACCCUCUGGCCUCCACCUCCGUUUUAGCUACCUUUAACAAAUAAACCUCUGGCCUACAGCUCCAUCUCAGCUACCUUUAACAGCUAAACCUCUGGCCUACACCUCCAUCUCAGAUACCUUUAACAGCUUAACCUCUUGUCUCCAGCACCAGCUCUCGUUCACUCCUGGGAACGUCCUUCAAUGGCUCACCAAACAAGGCAACGCUCAUCUGGACACGGUCAGGGGGUUAGAAAUUGACAGGGCGGGGCGGGGGGGGGAAAACGUACCAGAACCAUAUUUGAAGUGAAGGAGCAAUGGCAAACAGACCGUACAUCUCUCCUAAAUCAGACAACAGGUUUGAGUGACUUUUAAUUCUCCACUCUUUCAAAAAUGGAGGAUGUGCUGUUUCCCGAAGACAGCCCCGGGAUUGACAAGUGCACCUUCUCAUGCUGAGCUCAGCCCUCAGAGUGCAGACGGACUCACACAGCGAUCGUACACUCGGGCCUCUGAUCAAGAGCCAGGCUCACGGACACAAGUCAGCAUCUUUUUCUUUUUCUCAGCACUCAGUGAUCUUAUAUAAGCAAACCUCUUGGGGGAUUGAUGCACCGAGGACAACUGCUCUCUCUCUCUCUCUCUCUCUCUCUCUCUCUCUCUCUCUCUCUCUCCUCUCUCUCUCUCUCUCUCUCUCUCUGCCUUUAUCUAUACGGCUCUCUAUCUCUCACUGUCUCUGCCAUUUGUAUACGGCUCUCUCUCUCUCUGUCUCUGCCUUUAUCUAUAUUGCUGUCUCACUUUCUCUCUCUUUGCCUUCGUCAACAUAGCUCUCUCUCGCUCGCUCCCUCUCGCUCACUCUCUCUUUCUCGCAUCGCACUCUCUCUUGCACUCUCUCUGCAUUAAUCUACAUUGUUCGCUCUAUCCAAUAUAAGAACGCUCAGGGACAUGUUGUUUACUAUGAGGCUGAGAACAAAGUCCCCCCCCCACCACCAGCCCAUGGUUUCUUUGGAUAGAACAUAUGUCGCUGACAUCACUCUCUUGAUAAACUAAUCAGUCCCUCUCGGAUUAACCAUUGAACCAGAUCCUUUGUCAUGGGUUUCCUUCGGCAAUAGAUGAUCAUCGGUUUAUUGUGAAACCACACACGUCAUAAGGGAUUGGUUUUGUACAACUUGAGGGAAACCUGUUUGCGUUGUGAACACUGUGUAACUAUAUUAUAAGACAAAAAGUCUUAACUAAUGUUUAAGUGGUUUUAUCAUCGUCUAUAUUAUCUAGGAGCUAUUUUGUGUAACUUUGAGGAGGACUUCAUUUGGGGUUGCAUGUUACUGCAUGUUGCCAACAUCAUGUGCAAUGCAAUCCAUUUUACUUUUGGAUGUUGAGACAUUCUGAUUUGCAUAUAAAUUAUAUAAAUUAUGAUAUAUUUUGACAAUGUUUUGUAUUGAAAACGUCAUAAAAGUUAUUAUUGA